UUCCACAGAGGGAAAGACGACGUCAGAGCUGUGGAGGUUGAUGUCAGAAAUGCUGGCAACUGCAAAUCUGGGCUAUGUGAGUCCUGAGAUGGUGGUUAACGGCAUCAUGUCCCACGCAGUACAGGCUCUGCUAUGACUGUGGAUGUCAGUGUGAAUGACUGUACAUGGCGCUCCAAGCAAAGACAACAGGUGGAGCUCUGAUGGAAUACUUCACUGCCCCCAGAGCCAAUUACACAAUAGUAGGAGAAGCAAUAAGAUACGUCAUCCCGGCAGAAGUGCAAUGCUCGGUCGGCUGCGGAGGUCAAGCCUGCAAGUAUGACAGCCCGACUUAUUGGAGAGAUGACCAGCAGGCUAUCAAAGGCCUCUACUCAUCCUGGGUUACAGAUCAUCUUCUCGCCACGUCCAGACCCUCAACAGAGAUCAUCGAGAAAUAUCACGUUAUCGAUCAAUUCAGAAGGAAUGGCAUCAAAACACUCAUCAACCUACAGUUACCUGGCGAACACGCCCACUGUGGGAACCCUCUGGAGCCGGAGAGCGGCUUCUCAUAUCGCCCAGAGGUCUUUAUGGAAAACAAGAUUUAUUUCUACAAUUUUGGCUGGAGUGACUAUGGAGUGGCCAAUCUCACCACUGUGCUGGACAUGGUGAAGGUGUUGGCUUUUGCCCUGCAGGAGGGAAAAACAGCCAUCCACUGUCACGCUGGUCUUGGUAGAACAGGUGUGCUGUUAGCAUGUUUCUUGGCCUACGCUACCAGGAUGACCGCAAACCAGGCUAUCUUAUAUGUGCGCGCUAAACGUCCCGGCUCAAUCCAGACCAGAGGUCAGCUUCGUUGUGUCCGGCAGUUUGUCCAGUUCCUCGCCCCGCUGAGGAGCGUGUUCUCCUGUGCUGAACCCCGGUCUAACCCAGUCACGUUGACCCAGUACCUGAACCGUCAGAGACACGUCCUGCAUGGCAACGAGAGGAAGGAGCUGAGGCACCUACCAAAGAUUGUCCGGCUGAUAUGUAGACUGCUGAUGGACAUCGCAGAUAAUCGAGAGGUGAUUGAGGAGGACAUUCUGGAGGCCCCUGAUAUUUAUGACAUAGAGAUGACUCUGAGCAUGAUUGAGAAGCUGGGCCCUGGACUAUUUGCAAAUAGGCCCCGCUUACCAGGUACGCCGACCUUACCCAGACAUUUCAAUGAGCCGGCCAUCUUCUACCACCGCAAAAGUCUGAGCUACAGCGAGUCCGACUUGAGAAGACUGGGCUCAGAACUCAAUCUCCUCACACAACCUCUCCAAUCCCUGUCCCAGAGUAACGUUGACAUGUCUGUUGUCCAGUGUCAAGGUUGGGGCAGUAACACAUCUGACACCUUGACAGGCUCACUGUGGCAUCUCAAGAAUGUAGAGAAGCAAAAAGAUGGAUCCAUUCUAUUGAAGAAAGGGAAGUCAAGCCCCAAAAUCCAGCGCAGUGAGUCCAUGGGAAACAAUAACCCUGUCAAAAAAGGGUGCAUGCUGUCCAGGUGGAAGGCUGAGCAGAGGGAGGAGCUGGUGAUGAAUGGGUUGAAGUCAGGCGGCACGGAGUCGGAGGUGCCGUUCAUCACCUUGCAGUCAGAGUUGUCCCUGGACGCCAGGAGGGUGCUCGUGGCUCAGGCCCUGGCAGUGGACCUUUUUCAGGACGGGGAGGAAGAGCACAAGUGCAAAGUCUUCGCCUGGCAGGCGGAGCUGAACCAAGGCGGUGCGUGGGAGAGGCUGUGUAUGGAGCGGGAUCCCUUCAUCCUGACUGGACUCAUGUGGGCAUGGUUGGAGCAGUUAAAAGAACCCGUGGUCUCCAUUCAGGAUGCCAAGACCCUGAACCCCGACAACACCGAUGCUCAAACUGUCCUCAACACACUUGACCAGGCUCCUAAAGAAACAUUAUCAUGCAUACUGGACUGUCUGGCUCAUAUGCUGAUGAUACCAGAGGAGGUUGAACACGCAUUCCUGAAUCGUAUCAUUAAGGCUUUCACCUGGAUGGAUUCCAACUCGGACGAGGGGAGAAGCGUGUACGAGACCAUGACGAGAGUCCUUCGGUGUGUCCUCGAGGACAUGAGACGCAAGGCCAGCAGCACAGAGGCGGCACCUUGGUCUCCCUUCUCUUCACAUUGCCUGCCAUUCAUGUAAACGUGGUGGAAGAGAAGAGAAUGCUCGUGUGCCUUGACAAUAUCGUGUCAAAUUUAAUAAGCAAGUUUGUCAACGUGGGCUAAAUAUGAGCACUUGUGUAGUUUAUUGCGGUUAAUAUAUGACUAUAACUUGCCAUAGUGUUGUAGAGGCAACAUAUUGAAGAACAUUGGGUUUUUUUUGCAAUACAACAUGCCUUAAACCUGCUCAAAUUCACUAUUGAUAUACAUAAGGUCCAUAAAAUAAUAGUCAUUUUCUCAUUAAUCAUAAUGUAACACACAGUGUAUAAAUGCCAUACUGAUUCUCUCUUUUUUUGUACACUGACCUACAAAUACAAUCGUAUUAUACACAGAAAAUAUAACCAAAUGUUAAUCUGUGCGGAGGCACUUUUGUUCGAUGCUCAGGAUGUGAAAAAAUAAGCCUUUAAGACGUCUUUCCCAUUUGUUCCUUCUACUGAGGCCACAAUGCUGGUGUAGUCGCAGGCAACGUGAGUGAAGCCUCUGGAAAACACAAGGAAACAACAUGAACGUUUCAAAUUAAGACAGGUAAAUACACCAGAGAGACGGAAUUAGAACGCAGUACCUGGACAUUGUGUGAGACCCUCCCAACAAGUGGUAUCUGCUCUCCAGAGUCAGCCCAGCGUCCCGGUCAUUUUUCCACGUCAGUACGUGUAAGGAGAGAUCCUGAGACGCCGUCACCACACGGAAGCUGUCCUGUCAGCGUGAAGAAACACAGAAAUGUACAAAAAUUGAGUAGUCUGGUUAGAAAAGUGAAGAAAAUAGCCGUAAGCCAACUGUGCUGGUGUCAAAAAUAACUGUUUGAAUGGUAAAAUAAGUCAGUCAGCAUGAUACGGAGUGAGUUAAUGGCCUCAAGGACUAGAUUCAGGUCUACUUUAAUAGAACAUUGGAUUAUUUUCUCCCCUUUAGGUGAAAAUAAACAGUAAAUGUCAUGUAUAUGUGUAAUUGACAGCUCAUUUCCAGGUCAUUCACAUUACACUCGACUCACAAUACGAGUACAAUAACGACGCUGAAUUCCUUCGAGACCCUACCAAACAUAUAGAGGCGAUGGACAUGGUGUGCUCUUUAAAGUUAGCGAGGAGAGCUCCUUUCAGCGAGUACACCCACAGCUCCCGCUCACACGACAGCACCAAGCAGUUGCUGUCCUUGGCCUCCAGAAGGACGCGCGACGACCAGGUGUUCAAGGACAAGGGAAAGGACUCCACCUGCUGGACUAAGACGAGAACAGAUUCAAAGUUGAAACGGCAGCACAAGGUGGAUCCAUCUUUAAACUCCUCACACUGUGUCCUGGGAUUUAUGGCAUUUAAUUCAGUUUCUUAUGCGUCUUGUUCAGCAUGUUUCUUUCCUGGUCACUGUAUAAAAUCACUGAGGUAGAGGAAGAGGUGUUCAAAUUGAUAUUUAAUGUAGUUCAUUGUAUUUAACUGCUGGAAAAACAUGUAUAAAGAAUUUCAAAACUA